UUCCGCCUGCUUAGGGGGCGCAGCUCUCCCCGAGCAACCGGUGGCUGCAGACACGAUUCAGUCGCGGCCAGAGCUUUUCUUCUCCUCGAGCAGCAGCGGCUCCCGCGGCUUGCAGCGACCAGCGCGGGGGGAGAGGAGAGGAGAGGAGAGGCGGGCGGGCAGCAGAGCCAAGCCAGGCAGCCUGCUUGCAUGCCGGGCAUGCACAGAGAAGCAGCGUGCGAGCUCUGAAGCGAGCCUGGCACAGCGAGCGGAGGCUUUGGCACUGGCUGGUCGGUUUCACCUGCCGGGCGUUGCGAUGGCAAGACGCGUUUCUACGCGAGACUUGAUUUUUGUCUAAACCAGCUGCUGCGCUGAUCAGAGCCAGGCAGAAGCCAGAACCAAGGCAGGAGCAGGGCGCCCCAGGGCACAGAGCCCCGAGAGCCCCCCCGGGUCCGACCCGUCCGCCGCCGCCGAUGGUUGCCGGGGACGAUCAGCCCCUCCGCUGAGAACAGACCCCGCUGUGGGGCGACCCUCGCUGGGCUGGGGAUGGCCCGGAACACGUCCCUGCAUUUCAGAGUGGUGGAAGGAAGGAGCCUGCCUGCCAAGGAUGUGUCUGGCACCAGCGACCCCUACUGCAUCGUCAAAGUCGAUAACGAGGUGGUAGCCAGGACCGCUACCGUGUGGAAGAACCUGAAUCCCUUCUGGGGGGAGGAGUACACCCUGCACCUGCCCAGGGGCUUCCACAGUCUUGCCUUCUACGUGCUGGACGAGGACACCAUUGGGCACGAUGAUGUCAUUGGCAAAAUAUUGCUCAGUAGAGAAUGGAUUUCGUCUUCCCCACGAGGGGUUGACAGCUGGAUCAACCUGACGCACGUGGACCCCAAUGAAGAGGUUCAAGGAGAGAUCUGCCUGGAUCUGAAGGUGCUAGAGGAGCCCCAGAGGAGGGCCCUGCACUGCCAUGUCAUUGAAGCCAGAGACCUGGCCCCGCGGGACAUCUCCGGCACCUCAGACCCCUUUGCGCGAGUGUCCUGUGACGGCCACGCUUUGGAGACAGCUAUCAUUAAGAAGACUCGCUUCCCACACUGGGAUGAGGUGCUGGAGUUUGACCUGGAGGAGGGGGUGCCCAAGAAGGAACCCAAGGGGUCCCUUGUGAGCGUGGAGGUGUGGGACUGGGACAUGGUGGGGAAGAACGACUUCCUGGGACGGGUUGAGUUCUCUCUGGACGCUCUUCAGAGGUCCCCUGCCAAAGGCUGGUUCAGGCUCCUGCCCUUCCCCACUGCUGAGGAGGAUGCUGGAGGAAAGCUGGGGGCUCUGCGGCUGAGAGUCCGACUGGCUGAGGACAGGAUCCUGCCCUCCAUGUACUACCAGCCCCUGAUUGAGCUCCUGGUGGAAUCCAUCCUGUGCCCUGCUGAGGAGGAGGACGUCAGCCCGCUGGCCUUGCUGGAGGAGAUCAGCUCAGUGGAGAGCCGGCAGGACGUGGCCACAAAGCUGGUGAAGAUCUUCCUGGGACAGGGCCUGGCGGUGCCCUUCCUGGACUACCUCAACCUGCGGGAGGUGGCCAAGACCACUGAUCCGAACACACUCUUCCGCUCCAACUCCCUGGCCUCCAAAUCCAUGGAGCAGUUUAUGAAGGUGGUAGGGAUGCCCUAUCUCCAUGAGGUCCUGAAGCCGAUCAUAAACCGGAUCUUUGAGGAAAAGAAGUAUGUCGAGUUGGAUCCAUGUAAGAUUGAGCUGAACCGAACCAGGAGGAUUUCCUUCAAGGGCUCCCUGUCCAAGGCCCAGGUGCGGGAGAGCAGCCAGGAGCUCCUGAAGGGCUACCUGAGUGACAUCAUGGAGUCCAUCAUUGGCUCGGUGGAGAAGUGCCCCCCUAUCGCGAGGGUGGCCUUCAAGCAUCUGCACAAGCGGGUAGAGGAGCAGUUUCCAGAGGCGGAGCAUGAGGAUGUGAAGUACAUUGCCAUCAGUGGGUUCUUAUUCCUCCGCUUCUUCGCUCCUGCCAUCUUGACACCAAAGCUGUUCAACCUCCGUGACCAGCACGCCGACACCCGGACCAGCCGCACACUUUUGCUGUUGGCCAAGGCAGUGCAGAGCAUCGGCAACCUUGGCCUGCAGUUGGGGCAUGGCAAGGAGCAGUGGAUGGCUCCGCUGCAUCCCUUCAUCCUUCCCAGCAUCGCCCGUGUCAAGGAUUUCCUGGACAAGCUCAUCGACGUGGACAGUGAGAGUGUGCGCAAGACCCAGCCCCGGACGCUCUUCCACCCCUCGGUCACCAUCAAGGAGGGCUACCUGCACAAGCACAAGGCCGAGGGUCUCCACCUGCUCCCGCGCUUCACCUUCAAGAAACGCUACUUCUGGCUGAGCAGCGAGACCCUCUCCUACUCCAGGUCCCCAGAGUGGCAGGUUCGCUCCUCCAUCCCCAUCCAGCAGAUCUGUGCCGUGGAGAGGGUGGACGAAAGCGCCUUCCAGCAGCCACACAUGAUGCAGAUCCUAACACAGGACAACGAGGGGCAGCUGCACACCAUGUACAUCCAGUGCAAGAACGUGAACGAGUUGAACCAGUGGCUGUCAGCCAUCCGCAAGGCCAGCAUCUGCAAUGAGCUCAUGCUGCCCUCUUGCCACCGGGGUGCCUUCCGGGGCAACCGCUGGACCUGCUGCCUGCAGCCUGACCGCACAGUGCGCGGCUGCAGCCGGACUCACUCUGCCAUGACCCUGGGGGACUGGAGCGACCCCCUCGACCCAGAUGCCGAGACCCAGAUGGUGUACGGGCAGCUCUUGCUGGCGAGAGACAAGCUCAGGGAGAAGUACAUUGAGUGUUCAGAUGCGGGGCUGGUGCUGGAGCAGGAGAAGGGGCCUGGUCCCCGUGCCCAGGGAGAUCAAGGCUGUUCCUGCCAGGACCGCCAGAUGGCGGCUGCUGCCCGCCUGCUGAACGUCAUACAAGACCUGGAGCGUGCCCACAGCGCCUUCGAGCGCCGGGAGAAGGAGGAGGCAGAGAAUGACUCUCACCGCCCGUGAGAAGCCUCCUCCCCCUGCCCCACCCCAUCCCUCCCUGGCACUUCUGUUGGACCGUGCCCACCUGACGAUGGCGCGCGGGAGUGGGCCCUGGUGCUGGGAGACACCGGCUCACUUGUCACCGUGCUCUAGGCUGGGAAUGGCAGUGGCCACGUGGCCAACCCACAGCUCAGGCCAGAGGUGAUGGACCACAGCAAGAGAAGGCACAAACCAGAGGUGGCUGAGCUCAUCCGCUCUCCUGCCUCCUGGCGGCCUGCUGUAGUGCCCACAUCAACCAUCAGAUGGCGCUCCAGAAACCCUCCAUGAACCACACCCUGAACAGCACCAGCCAACCUCCUUGCCGUCCUUGUCCCGGUGGGGCCGAGAGCCAGAAUCCACAGCCUCUAAUGCCAGUGCCUGGGGAGGUGAGCUGUGCCCAUGCCCCAGUGCCAUCCUCCUGCAGGCUGUACCUGACCUUGCCAUGCACGGCCUUCCCACUGAACCUCAGUCCGUGUGCGCGGCCAGCCAGUGCCUGCUGUCCUGGUGUCCCAGAGGCGCGUGGGGAUGGCAAAGAGCCUGCCCCUGGCUCCUGAAGACAGAUCACCCCCGUGCCCCGUCUGUGCAUUUCCCACCUCACAUUCCAGCCUUCGUGGCCACUGGGCGAGGGGAGGCACUUCUGUGUCUGUAACUGAUGAAGGACCUCAAGGGAGCCCCUAGCCAUGAUCCUCUCAACAAGAGCCGGGCUCUUGGGUGGAAUAGCAUGUGGGCCGGACCGCGGCCCUGCAGCACUCCUGGCUGUGCAGCAGAAAGCUGUCCAGCCUGCACGCCAACCUCCGCCAGCCCAUCUCUCUCCCCCAGUUCCACCUGCGCUGGCCCGGGGGCCAGCCACCAUGAACUUGGCUAUCCCCAGCACCUCUUGGUGGCGGAAAAUCUAAGCUCUGCCCCUGGAGUGGUUAAACUCCUCCAUCUCCCCAGGGGAUGAUGGCUUGUGCCUAGAGCGCAGUGUGCUUGGAGGAGGAACCCAGGGCCCUGCAUCUACUGGGUGCUGCUUUAAAUCACUGCCCUGACACUCCAUCCAUGUGUGCACUGUAUGGGUAUCCUCACAGCCCCACUGGGCGCCCCACAGCCUGCCCUGUGUGCACAGGGCUGAGCGUAAAACCCAGCUGGGCUCCUCUUUGCUUGUGCCAAAGUCCUGCUCAGGAAGCAAGAGGGACGUCUCACCCAGAUCACCUGCGCGUGGUGGAGAAGCCUGCAUCACUCUGAGUAACUCUGGUAAUAGGCCAGAACAGGGCAAAGAAACCAAGUUGAAGCAGGCUGGACAAACAUACAGAUCCUGGAGCAAAGUGAAGUGUGAUGUGGCCAGAGGGGGGUGAGUGUGGCUGAAAUGUGAGCUCCCGAACCAGCCCAAAUCCUCUGGCCUGAUGAAUGUGAGACUGAUAGAGUGCCGGCAGAGGGGCUGGGAGCAGAGAGCUUCCCCCUCCCCUCUCCUGGGCAAAGCUCUGACCAAGGUGGCAACUGGUCCAGCCAGCUCGCUGCACCAUGUGGAUAGCAAAUGGGCUGCCUGCGGCUGUGUGCACCCCCGCCUGCAUGUGCCAUUGGGAACAGAACCAGCGUGCCCCCGCUCGUGCCAAAUGGCCAGGCUGUGGUUGUCGAGGCAGGAGGCAAUCAUCUUGCAGACUGUUUGGCUCAGUGGCUAUCCCGGGCCAGGGGGGCUUUGGAGUUAACCGAGAUCAGUGGGUCUCAUUUAUGGACCCCUUUGGAAAUCUGUUGUCUGUAUAUAUAGCUGAAUGCUGUUCAGUCAGUUUUCAGUCACAGUCUUUCGCAGACCACUUAGACAUCGUCCACCGACUCCCGGGGUCCACGGCCCACUGCCCUCGAUAUAUUUGCACACACACCUCUCUGUCUAUUGUGCAUCUCUCAGUAUAUGUCACACACACAAACUAUGUUAAAAGAACUGUAAUAAAGUUGCCAAAUGAAGCACCUGAACAUUAAGAAGCGCCUGAAGUAAGGAGGCCCAGGCACCCUGAAUUCAGCCUCCUGGUGUGUAUGUAUUAUGGGCCAGUCUCCCAUUCCAUGAGCACAUACAACUGGUUUCCCCAGGACCCUGCGCAGAGGAGGGGCCAUGCUCACUGGAUGAGCAGCUGGCCAAUAUUUUCUUUGCUCCUCAUUGCUCAGUGUGUGGUUCCAGCCUUUAUUUACUGCACACCGUUCAAACCCUGCUCUGGAGACAGAAUAGUUUCUUCAUGGGCUUUUUUCUGGCACUCAUGGCUAUAGUAUCAGUGCUUCAUGAGCAUUAAUUACUUUAUCUUCAGCUAAAUGGGUGCUGUGCCCCCUGUUUUACAGAAGGCAAACUGAGGUGCAAAGAUUAAAGUCAAAGGUGUCCGCUAAUCUUAGGUGCCCAAUAUGCAAGGCCUAGGACCGCAUUUUUCAGAGUACUCACUAUUAUAUCACACCUGAUAUGUGCAAAGCCCAGCGCCCAUUGACGGCAGUUGCCGCUGUGAAUGCUCAGCACUGCUGCAAAUCCAACCCAGGGUCCAUCCUCUGCUCUGAGUAAGGCAGGCAUCCUGUGGAAAACACAGUACAUGAUUGUGUUGUACAUAAUGCAUACACAUGGAGCCAGAUUAGGGUUUCACAGGCAUCCUUAAUUCGGGCAUUUCCUAACUUUUGAGCACUUGACGUUGCAACCUUAAUGUUGUUGUAACAUAGUUUUUUGUGUGUAAUUUCCUAAAUUUUUAAUAAAGCAAACUUCAGAACCAGA